AUGGGGUGCUAUUAUUUCGUCAUCUCUCUUAUCUGCCGAGAUUCUUGUUCCGUUCCGUUUGAAACUCUGAACCCGGAAAAAAGGCCGUUCGUUUUAAUCAUGGUGAGCCCCAUUGUGACAAUGCGAAAUGAGGAUAUUGGGCCUCCAUGGCUGAAACCAAUGCUGAGGGCCGAUUACUUUACGCCUUGCCCACUUCAUUUGGAUUCUCAUAAAAGCGAGUGCAAUUUGUUCUGCUUGGACUGCAUGGGCAAUGCCUUCUGCUCCUACUGCCUGGGCCAGCACAAGAACCAUCACGUUCUUCAGAUAAGGCGGUCUUCGUAUCAUAAUGUGGUGAGGGUGAAUGAGAUUCAGAAGUACAUCGACAUAUCGUGCAUUCAGACGUAUGUGAUCAACAGCGCUAAGAUUGUAUUCCUGAACGAGAGGCCCCAGCCGAGGCCCGGCAAGGGAAUCACUUACACUUGCGAAAUCUGUGCUCGCGGCCUGCCCGACGCUUUCAGAUUCUGUUCCCUCGGCUGCAAGCUGAGUGCCAUGGAGAAAGGUGAUCUGGAGCUCACAUUUUUGGUGAAGGCCAAACACAGCCGGGACCCUUUGGACGAGCCCGACUCGUUCGAGCUCUCGACCCCGAAAAAGAUCCAGAGAGGGAAUGCAUUCAACCGGUUCUUGGAUGGCGACACGACUUCCGGUUCGAGUAGCAGCUGGGAUGAUGUCUCCGGCCACCACGCCAAUCUAUCUCCGGCAACUCCUCCGCCGUUCAACCAUACCAACUCGAGUAGAAGGAAAGGCAAACCCCACAGGGCCCCAUUCUGA